AUGAUUGAAGAAACUCCAAAAAUUCGUUCAGUUGAAAUACCAAGGCAUAAAGUAGCAAAGAUCAAGGAGAAUUGGGUCAAGAUAUACACUGCUAUAAUAGAAUACGCUAAAUUGCACAUCAGAUACAACAACAAGAGCAAUGCAGUGGAAUUCAAAGUAGCAGAUCACACUGUAGAAAUGUCGUAUUUGGAUAGGGCUGUUGUUUUUGUAGAGUCAAUUAUAGGCGGAUUCAGGGUGGAAGACGCCAUUGCAGUUCUAAAAUACAAGGAUGUGUUCAUGGAACAGUUUGAGAUAUCAGAAGUGAAAAGAAUGAGAUCAAAUCAUUUGACAAGAGCCAUUGGUAGAAUUAUCGGAAGACAAGGCAAAACAAAGGAAGCCAUUGAAAACUUCUCAAAAUGCAAAUUCAUUUUGAUAGACCAGAAAAUACGACUUCUUGGCUGCGUAGAAAACAUCAAAAUUGCCAAAGAUGCCAUUGGAAGACUGAUUCAGGGAUCUGAACCAACAUCCAUUUUCAACAGACUCAGAAUCAAAUCAACCAAAUUGAAAGAGAAAUAUGGCUGUCUGCAAACAAUCUACGAUGAUUUACGUGAAGAAUAG